UAGCUGAUGGUUGAUGUAUUAGUUGCUUUAAUCGCAUUGAUAGUUAAUUAGAAAAAAAUAUGUUUAAUAACCUGGUGAAGUCAUACGUGAAGCGCUGACAAAGGCAAAGUCAUCCACUUGGGCAGUGGGCGGCACAUCGUUAACCCCUUGCAUCAAGCAGUGAACCAGGCAUCAUAAGCCGGGUAUGUUUUGCUGGGAAUGGCAAUGAGAGUUUGCGAAUGAGUUGACUCCCGCGAUGAAAAAGAAGUUGCAUUCAUUUUUCAGAACAUUUUUUAUUUUCAAAAUUCGCAAUUGAUUCGACCCAGGGGCCCUUCGGUCUUGGUGCGGUGUACCGAAGACCAGGAGGCAUUCGAAAGGGUGGUUUCGUGGGGCGACGCGCCACGAACCAUCGCUAUAUACGCAGGCCAUUACCGUGGAAAGUUACUGCGCCACCAAGAACCAUGGAGGUGGAUGGAGAGGUGCGCUGCAUGGCACAGGAUGAAGAUGAGAGCGUGUACGAUGUACACGGCCAAAUGCAGAUACAUAACGCCAAAGGGGUGCUGACAAAAAUCGCGAGUGUGUACGCCGAGCGGCUCACGUCGGAUGUGGUGCUGCUGGUCGGUGACAAGCGGUACGCCGCCCAUCGCGUCAUCCUGUGCGCCAGUAGCGAGGUGUUCGACGUGAUGCUGAUGAACUCGGCCUGGCGUGAGUUUGGUGACAAUGUCGUCACCCUACAGGAGGACGAAAAGUGCCAGGCCGUGUUUCCACAGUUCCUGCGGUACAUGUACGUGGGUGAGAUCACGGUGACGGUCGAUACGGCCGUGUACAUCAUGAAACUGGCGGACAAGUACAACGUACAUGACGUGGUGCUGCUCUGCGUAGAGUUUAUGAAAAGCCACAUCGGGAAAGCUGCCAUGAAGGGUUACAUGAUCGAGUGGCUGCACAACUCGCUCCUGAUGUGUACGGAGCAGUCCGUGCUCGUGACCGCGCUUGAGAACUAUCUGAAGUGGAAUUUCGAUCAGAUCUCCGCCCAGCCCGAAUGGGUCAACUUGAGUCAGAACAUUCUGGAGUGGCUGCUACAGCAGAACGAUCUUGCUGUCAAGAGCGAGUACGAUCUCUACAAGAGAGUCGACGAAUGGCUCACCAACCAGAAGACACUGAUUGACGCCAAACCGGAGCUGGACGAUAAGCAGAAGCAUGAGCAGAUUUCGGAGAUUGCCGACCGAGUGCUGGUGCACGUACGCUAUCCGAUGAUGAGCAUUUCCGAGAUGGCGGAGCUGCUGUUGAAGUCCAAGGAGCAGGAGUAUAAAAAGGCCGUCAUCGGCCUGGUGGCCAACGGGAUGAACUUCCAUGCGCUCGGCUAUGAGACGCACACCUUUCGGUCACAUAGUCAGGAUGUAGUAACCACCGGUGGACGGCAGUUUACACCGCGCAUUUACACGGACGAUCUCUGGAGUCUGAAGGUGCAGGCCGAUGUGCUGGAGAAUGCCGAGAGGUAUCAUCGCGUUGCUUCAGUGUUCUUCUCGCCGGUCAAUUUCCUAGAAAGAGAAGACUCUCGUACGGAUGCCUGGGAGGUGGAGCUGUACCCGUUUGGGGUUCGCUACUUGGCCGCCCGCAUUAUCGAUGUCAACUAUAAUGCUAACGCUCAGCAGGACAUUCCGGAGGCCGUUAUUCGUACUGUGCGGGUUCGGGUUGGCGCCAACGGCUUGCUUAAUGGCGAACGUCGUUUUAUGAUUGGUGUCUUAGUUUUUGGACGCGAGGACGAUGACGAAUACAUUGUCAGCUGCCGGGUGCAGGUGGCAUACUUCUCCAACCAGCGGCGUGUCAUUAAUAUUGAUGAUAUUAUACCGUUCGACGAGCUACAAUGGACCAGUGACGACAUGCCAAAUCUGUACAUGGUCGGCGAGUUUCGCGAUAAGGUCAAGAUACAGGUGGUAAUCGUGCCAUUGAAUCCCUACUCCGAUCCGUACUCAUGCGAAGCGAAAUGAUCCUGUAACCUUUGAUUGCUUUUUUCGAUUUAUUUAACUUUUCCUAAUUAACCGAGUCGAAAAUCGGCAUUUUCCACUUUCUGAUUCUUGGUGGUAAUCGUGCCAUUGAAUCCCUACUCCGAUCCGUAUUCAUGCGAAGCGUAAUGAUCCUGAAACCUUUGAUUGCUUUUUUCGAUUUAUUUAACCUUUCCUAAUUAACCGAGUCUUAAAUCGGGAUUUUCUACUUUCUGAUUCUUGUACCAUAAAUCCUUUGAGUACGUACUCCGAUACGUACUCAUACUAUCCGUAUUUAUAAAAAUCGACAUGAAAACCUUCGAUUGCCUUUUUCGAUUUAAAUAGUUUUUCUUUUUGCUCGAUAUUUUACAUUAUGAUUUUUACCUUAACGCACACAAUCGAACAUGUUUUGUUUCGAUUAUGCUUUCUGUUCGCUUCUUCAAAGCAAUAACAUUUGAAGAAACUCAGAGCCGAUGAACUAUUGUAUAUUAGUUGCAGUUUGGUGCAGUUUAGGGUAUAUUGUAUCUUCCAUUUAAAUUCACUUUCCAUUCUAUUGGAAAUAUGGAGGAAUAAUUCAGGAGGAACGAAUGGCAACAUUUUGUUAUCUGUGAAAUCAUAUAUUUUUAGUGAAUCACUUUGAACUUGCGGAGGCAUUGCUCAAUAAAUUGAAUUAAUUUGUUUCGAUGCGCACUCCCAAA